AUGCUCUUUUUCAGGUACCAUCGAACUAUCUUCUCUGUGGUUAAGGCCCUUGUUCGCACACUGACACGCUAUUCAUACAGCUUUUUCAAGACGCUCAUUGACCAUGAGGUCACUGUAGAGCUCAAGAACGACAUUCAGCUGAAGGGGAUUCUCAAGAGUGUGGAUCAGUACCUCAACAUCAAGCUCGAUGACAUCCAGGUUGUUGAGGAGCUCAAGUACCCUCAUCUUAGCUCUGUCAAGAACGUCUUUAUUCGAGGCUCAGUUGUGAGAUACGUUCAUCUUCCCGGUGCGUCAGUUGACACACAGCUGCUUGAGGAUGCUACACGGAGGGAAGCUGCAGCUCAGCAAGCCAAGGCGAAAUGA